AUGAGAUUGUGGGCGUUUUUAUUACUCGGCGUAGCCGGGAGCAGCGUCGCGACUAUGGUUCCCAUAGACACCCCAUCCUCGUUGCGUUUGGAUACAGGAAAACCGGAGUGGUCCUGGCAAACCGAGGACCUUCCAUCAUCCAGCGGACCAGGGAACAAAAGAGAAGUGCCAGAAACGAGUGCGAAUACGAAUGCAGAGCUAAUCGUCGAAGGAAACGCCCAACCAUCGGUGGAAUCCGUGAUCGAGGAAAUUCUCGUUUCUAAUCGACAGGGUCGCAACAUCGAGGGCUACGAUCAAAUAUAUUCCGACCCCAACGUGAAGAACGCCCUUCAACUUGGGAACGAUACGAUCGCUAGAUCGUACAUCAGAGAUAAACUAUGCUCGCUGGGAUUAAUGAACUGCGAGAAUGUCGAAGGACGUCGACCUUACUACUCUCCCCAUCGCGGUAUACAUCCUCAGGAUAUAAUUUACGCUCAACCUGUCACAAUCAAGCCAGUCGGAAGACCACUGCCAGCUAUCCCGGUUAAACGACCCUACGGAGUUUCCCUAAAACCCGGCCCACCCUCUCCUGGCUUUAUCUCCUCCGGACCACCCUCGGAAGUGAUCUACGGAUCAGCAGGAGCGGCGCAUCCACCGAUUUCGCAUUUCCCCCCAGGUUUAAUUGGUUCCUACCCCGGGUUCAAGAAACCGGGACCGAUUCCGUCGUUCGGAUCGAAGCCGGUGUUCGAAUCGGGGUUGUUGAACGAAGGAUUCAGUUAUGAUGGCAUCGACAAGAAACAAAUCUCGCUGAGACCUUCCCUUGGUUCCGAGGCUGUUCAACAACACGUUCAUCAUCAUUAUCAUCACCCGGAGGGCGCGGGUGGAUCCUCCUUCGUCCCGAGCACGAUAGGCCAGGGUGCCAGUUACGGAGCCGUUGGGACGAGCUUCGAAGAGGUUUCUAACGCCGGUGGCUUCCAAGAUUUCGACGACUAUAAAAAGGCGUUCAAAGUGAAAGGAACGAGCAACGAUGGAAAUGGUUUGAGUGGUUCCGUCUCGACGAACAAUUAUGCCGAACAGUAUCCCGUUUACGAGAAGCCAGCACGAGACUUUUCCUUCGGUAAAGCAGACGCUCAGAAGACUGGCAAGUACUUUUCUCCGGGUAAUUAUGUCUCUUCGAACGCGGUACAGAGUAACGUCAAUGAUUACACUGCUUCCGGAUCGGCGAACAAUAAUUAUUUCAACUCUUAUGGCAAUGGUAACAACAAUGGGAAUUUUGGAAAUGAUUUCUCCGCGGGCUUUGCCUCCGACUGCGUUUGCGUGCCAUACGAUCAAUGCCCUGGAGAACACGCUGGACGUAAAGACGAUCUUUUCCUACCCAUCGAUCCCCGUAAUUUAAAUAAGAAUAUCGAAUCGGAGAAUGCGGAGGUGGUCGUAAAUGGAACAUCUACGAUCGUCCGGGUGGCGAAGAGUACCGAGAUCGAUUCGAACGCUUCUUCGGAAAGCACUGGACAGGAAGAGACAGAAUCGCAGGGAAAUGUGAGGAGCAAGAGAGGAACCGAUGAAUCUGAGAACAUCGAGGGCAGGAAGAAGAGUAACGGUGAAGGGAGACUCGAUGCUAGCGAUCUGGACUCUUCGAAAUUAAACCUCAAGCCAACCUGGGGGAUCAGUUUCGGUCUACCUCAAACCGGUGGUUCGUACCCGAUAGGUCCUCACGGUGACAAUGUCCUGGUAAAUCCGUACAGAGGGUACGGUACGGCCGAUCAAGGUAUAAAUUUCGGCCUGGUUUCCGUGAAUCCUCUGCUAGCCGUGCAAUUCACCAAAGACGAAUACGGCGAGAAGGUGGUAAAACCGUUUGUCAAUCUCCACGUGACGCCAAAUCAGAAUCUCGUUCAGAAACUCGGUCAUCUGCUGUCACAAAAGAAGGAAACGCUGUUCGAUAAUUACGGGAAUAACUACGCGUCGCAUUACUAUCCCUCGAAACCAGUCGAGUUUCACGAGAAACCUCACUACGUGAAACCUCCUCGUUAUCCCCCUCAUCACUAUAACGGCCAUCACGAGACACCUUAUCCUCAUCACCACGAAUACUCCGAUUACUAUCGAGGCGACGACGACGAUUACGAUUACGAUUACGACGAGAAUUAUCACGGUUCCGCGCGUAGCAACGGUAACAAACAGUCCACAGGGAAAGUAUCAUUUCCGAGCCGAAGAAAACGCGAGGUGCAAUUAUCGAAAGAUGUAACCGAGAGACAGUUCCUCGGCGCUCCACGAGCUUGCGGGCCCGGUUACGUUUGCUGUUCGAAAAGGCAACCGAUGAGAAAACCACAGCCUGGACAGUGCGGAGUUAGAUACACUCAGGGUAUCAAUGGAAGAAUAAAAACUCCCUCGUACGUCGAUGGAGAUGCUGAAUUCGGCGAAUAUCCAUGGCAAGUUGCCAUUCUGAAGAAAGAUCCAACGGAGAGCGUCUACGUCUGCGGAGGAACUCUCAUUUCCUCUCGGCACAUCCUCACAGCUGCUCAUUGCGUGAAAACUUACGCUCCUCGAGAUCUCCGGGUACGACUCGGGGAAUGGGACGUCAAUCACGACGUCGAAUUCUAUCCCUACAUCGAACGAGACGUGGCAAGUGUCCAGGUGCAUCCGGAAUUCUAUGCAGGAACCCUUUACAACGACAUCGCGAUACUUAGGAUCGAUCACGACGUCGAUUUCCAAAAGAAUCCGCACAUCAGCCCUGCCUGUUUACCGAACACACGCGAGGAUUUCACGAGGAACAGAUGCUGGACGACCGGUUGGGGCAAAGACGCCUUUGGAGAUUUCGGGAAAUAUCAGAACAUUUUGAAAGAGGUCGACGUGCCUGUAGUGAGUAAUCAAAUUUGCGAGCAACAAAUGAGAAGAACGAGAUUGGGUCCGGGAUUUAAUCUUCAUCCAGGAUUCAUUUGCGCCGGAGGAGAGGAAGGAAAGGACGCGUGCAAAGGAGAUGGCGGUGGUCCGAUGGUUUGCGAACGAAACGGUCGUUGGCAACUCGCUGGUAUCGUGUCCUGGGGAAUCGGUUGUGGACAAUCAGGCGUUCCUGGUGUCUAUGCUCGCGUUUCUCAUUAUCUCGAUUGGAUUCAGCAAAUCGUGAAUCGUUAUUAACAUCCCCAUACAACUUGCCCUGAUUUUCAUUUCAAUGUAUUAUAAGAACGCGUAAUUAUUUGCGAUAGUUUGUAAGUGUGUAUAAUUUAAUUCCAAUGUAUUUGUUUUCCAUUUAAUUUACACGUGGGGUAUAGAAUGGAUUAAUUAUUCUUGUUGAACGUGAUUCGAAAUGUAUUCGGAUCGUUGAGU